AUGGUGUUUACAUGGCGAUUUCUAGUAAUCUCAGCAUCAUUCAUUGCUUCUGAAUCUGGAAUCAAAGUUGAAGAAUAUUUUGAAUGCAGAGAGACAAUAAAUCAGGUUCAUCUACAAAUCAGCAAGAAGAUCCGUUUCUCACUUACUGUUCUUCUCAUGGGAGUUGGUAUUGCAACUGUAACUGACCUGCAACUCAACAUGUUGGGCAGUGUUUUAUCCCUGCUAGCAGUCCUUACAACUUGUGUUGCUCAGAUUAUGACAAAUACAAUCCAAAAGAAAUACAAGGUUUCAUCAACUCAACUUCUAUACCAAUCUUGCCCUUAUCUAGCUCUUACAUUGUUCAUCGUGGGCCCAUUUUUAGAUGCCCUUUUGACAAAUAAGAAUGUUUUUGCCUUCAAAUAUACUCCUCUAGUGCUGGGGUUUAUUGUUCUUUCUUGCAUGAUAUCAGUAUCAGUAAACUUCAGUACUUUCUUGGUGAUUGGAAAAACAUCUCCUGUAACUUAUCAAGCAUCGGGUAGUGGAUUUGCAUGGUUUUCACAACCUGUUUUCCAGAGAUGCUUAGACAUUAUCCAUACUCAACAGCUGGCCAAGGUUGAUCCUGCUACAUGGCCAAUAAUGAUCUCUAGGGUCUUCUAG